UGAAAAUGUGAAGGAGUAGUGAACAUACCAGUAGUACAGUGUAUGUGCUGUUAUAUAAAAAUUGUAUAUCGUCUGGUUGUUCUUCAGAAAAUACCUUUGCAGAAACAUCUAUACCCAUGGAAUACGAUAAAGAAUUACAUUUGCAGUGGAACAUGGAUGUGGAUUAUGCUCUCGUUUUUUCGAAAUGGUGGUGUAAAGCAUUCGGCAUCUGGCCAUGGCAGGACAAUGAAGUUUUACGUAUCUUGCAAACUGGUAGUAUUAUUCUAACUCUGAUGAUUGACAAUGCAUUAUCACUGACCCAGUUAAUAACGAAAGGGACUUGUGGAUUAAUAACCGAUUUAGUGGAUACCUUAUCCGGCAUCGUGAUAUUUUCCAUAACUAUCACUAAAAUUCUUAUUCUUUCGUUUCAUCAACAACAACUGUGUUACAUUAUUUCAUCCAUGAUGCAUGAUUGGUUGAAUAUUAGGGAGAGAAAAUCAUUGGAUAUCAUGCGACGGUAUGCGUAUUGGGGACGUUUGGCUUUUAUAUUGCAAACUGCUCCAGUAGUUGCAGAUGUGAUAUUGACAAUCUGGUCUGAUCCUCCGAACAUGGAAAGUGAAAUUUCUGAAAAUAAUAGUUCAUUGAAAAGAUCUCUCAUACUGGCACCUUCCUGUUGGAUUCCAAUCACGAUGUCCCGCAGUGUUUAUUUACUUUACUACUACUUCCACUUAAUCGCUGCAAUUUUCGUAGCAGUCACAUAUGCAGGAUACAUUCCAUUCAUGUUCAGUACCGUCAUACACAUCUGCGGUCAAUUUGAAAUACUCGAGGAGAGUAUUAAGAACUUGAGUGAUGGAGAUGAUUAUUCAAUACAAAGAUAUAAAAUUAAAAAAUACUCCCAACGACAUAAUCAUUUGAUUCUGCUGGGGAAUCGUGUGAGGAGUGUUGUCAAUAUCAUCAUCCUCUCCGUAAUCCUCGGCAAUACUGUUCUCAUUUGCGCUUCAGGACUUGCAGUGUUGGCAGACGUGAAGAUGGGCAUCACAAGCAGUGUUGUACUGAGCUGGGUAGCAAGGAUAUAUGUCAUGUACAUAGAAAUCUUCAUAUAUUGCUAUAUUGGUGAAAAAAUGUCGAGCUACGCUGACAGGUUGCAAGGUACUCUGUACAAUUGUCGGUGGUACAAUAUGCCAACUAAUAAUGUUAAAGAUAUAGAAUUUAUGAUAAUGCGUAACAAUUUAUUUUGUCACUUGGCAGCAGAAUUAUGCUUGAGGGACAUUGAGGGAGUAAUUUAGAGUUUAAGAUCACAGGGACAAAUUCAUGAGAUAGCGCAUCUCAUAAUGAUUAGAAAUUGUUGUAGUGUUUUGUUAUUUCUUCAAACUUUC